AUGGUGCAAUUUGUUUGCUCGAUUCGCCCAGUGCGGCGGCGCCAUGACUACAUCUACCCGGAGAUAAAUGUCCCUCAUAGUCGCGUCCCACCGCGACCCCGCAUAAGGAAGCACCCGGGGGUCCCCGGAGGCACGCUCGACGGGAUGGCCCUCACGGUGCGCGCGUGCUUCUCCGCGCCGAUCGCAUGCGGGCUGCGUCCCUCCUCGCGUGCGAAUAACCGCCGGGUGUACGUGCUGCGCGACGAGACGGCGUUCGUGGGGGUGCCCGGCACCGGGGCCGGCGGCCCUCAGACUCAUCUGCUGGCCUUCUCCGAGCGGGCCGACGCGGAGCAGACCCUGCGCGAGAUCCACGAGUUUCGAGAUGCGGAAGGACGGUGGCCCUCGGUGAGCGAGCUUCCCAGCCGCCUGGAUGCGUCGAAGGGGGAGGAGCAUCGGGAGGAUGACGGAGGGGUCACGCAGGUCUCCCUGCACGAGCUGGACGCGGAGGACGUCCCGCUGAAGGUCCUGAAGGACUACGCGCACGCCCGGGGGCUCGCCGUGGAGGUGGUGGAGAAGCGGAGGGCGAUGAUGAGCCGCCCGCGCCCGACUUACAAGCAGUACAAGCCCUACCUCGAGAAGCUCCUGCGGCUCGCCGGCCUCGAGGAUAGACACCUCUGGAUAGACCCGCAGGCGACGCUCUUCGGCCCCGCCAAGCCGGCGGAUCACAGGCCCUUCUCGGCGACGGUCAUGGAGUGCCUCUUCGAGAGUCAGCCGCUGCCCGCCUCGCGCGCCACGACGGGCCUGGCUUCCGCGUGCGCCCUCCGCAAGUCCGGGUCGCACGUGGGCAUGAUGCACCUGGAGAUACGCCUCCCUCUCGCGGACCCGGCGAGCGGGGCCCCCAUCCGGUACCGUCCCCGUCUCGGCGCCUUCAUCGUCGAGACGGCGAGGCUGACGUCGUCCGGGCGGGAGCUGGAGCGCCUGAGCGGGGCGGCCAUGCGGUGGUACUUCGAGACGGUGGACCCCAAGUUGCGCACGGACGCCCGGGCCCGCGCGGCGCUGUUCUCGGCGACAACCGUGGGGGCCGAGGUGCUCGUCCUGGUCCCCCUCCCCUUCUUCUUCGGCAGGAGCGCGGUCGGGGAGAAGCUGCCGGUGCGCGGGAACGACGUCGUGCUCGAGGUGACCCUCGCGUCGCCGGACGCCUGCACCGAGGCGGGGAGCGGGGCGCCGCCCGAGAUCGUCCCGACCUCCACCAAGGUCGUCUUCGACUCCUACGCGUCCGGGGAUCCCGGCAGCCCGCAGCUGAUCACGCAGAUGCUGUCCCAGGUGGAGCCCGUCAAGGCGGACGCCCUCUCGUCGCAGUCCGUGCAUCUGAACUUCAACCAGCCGGUGAGGCGGAUCGGCUGGUUCUUGGAGGACGCGAGGGGGGACGUCGUCGAUUCGGCGAUCCGGGCGUGCGGCAUCUCGCUGAACGGCGUGAGCUACACGCAACGGUCCUCCCCGGACGGGCUCAGGGACGAGAGCUACUUCAGGCUCCUGAACCCGUUGUUCCACGGCGGCAUGCCGCGACGGGGGUACUACUCCUUCGCGUUCGCCCUGGAUGCCUCCGACGGGCUGGAAGCAGUGGGCGACCUGGCGGGGCGGACGGGGCCGAUCCUGUACCCGCUGGGGCCCGACCCGGCCACCCCGCCGGAGCUGGUGCGGCAGCCCAACGGCGCCCUGGACCUGUCCGGGUUCACGGUCAUGCUGAACCUCAAGUACGUGGACCCGUCGGUGACGCUGCGGGGCUACCGGCUGGUGGUGGUGGCGGAGGGCUACGACGUGCUCUCGGAGCGCCUCGAGCUCUCGCACAUAUAA